UUCUUAUCUCUCGGCUUUCAGGCGCUCACGACGAGCCGAAGAUAACGACACGCACUCGACAAUGACGGCUCGACGCGGCGUCGUCAUCUGAUACAUCGGCAAGGCCGACCGCAACGGUGUAACAUACAUAUCGCAGUGACAGUGCGCGCUCGACAGCGAGAGAAGGUCUACUCGACCGCGGAGGUGUGUGCUCCCGCGAAAAAAAAAAAAAAAAGGAACUUCAUCGACAUGAUGCUCGGGACGUCGUUAAAGCGCUGCUCGUUAAUCGUAUUGAUUUUCGCGAACCUGCUGGUAAGUGGAUUAACGUCGUCCGACAGCAAAAAUGGCACCGUCGUCGUGGCGGUGGCGUCGACGCUGCAGCCGUUAUCGGGACUCGGGACUGGCGCAACCAUGACCCCGACAAUACCGAAGACGGAAACUGACCCAAGUGCCGCCGACGUCACGGACCGGCCCGCCGUCACCGGCAAGAGCGACGAGGCAACGGACAAUCCUGCGGCCGUCGACAAGAGCGUCAACGACACCGCCCGCGGCGAGGACAAAAGCUCACCCACAGCUGUCGUCUCGACGGAAGGGCCAAAGUCGGCAACAACGACGGUCAAGUCCAACAGCACCGAAUCCGAGGAAAAGGAAAUGAAAUCCGUGACCGAAACCACAGUGGCUAGCGCGACAGUCGAGGGAAUCAUCAACGUGACGAUGAGCUUGGAGCCGUCGGCGGGGAACGUCACCAAUGGCACGGAAAACAACGAGCCGAUCGGUGCCGCGUGGAAGGAACAGUUGGCCGUACCACAUGGACUCGGGGACAUGCCGUCCAGAUUGGUGGCCAUCAGCAUGGCCAUUGCUUUUGCCAUAGUCGUCGUUAUUGUCUACGUGGGUCUCUUGGCCUGGAGACGUUAUCUCGAGGUUCGCUAUGGGAGCAGGCAGUUGUUGGUCAACAACUUGGAAUUCGAUACUAAUGAUCUCCGACACUUCGAGCUUUGAGUUGGCUCGUGAUGUUUUUAGGAGUAGCGAAAGUUGUAAUAACGCCGAUACGCCGGUGUUCUGUGAUAUAUCGCCAAAAGUCAUACUGGGGCCACUUUGAUUACCGUUUCAAGAUAAUAUUGUAUCAGAAGCCAUUGUUGACAGUAAACGUAUAAGCGACGAAUCGGCUUAAUAUUUAACGGCGUCAUAAAUUAUUCUUAUGACGGAAAUGUGAGAUUCAACAUAACAAGUGUGCGUGACUGCAUUCGCAACGUUUGGAUGAGCCAUACUUUAUGAACGACAAUUGAAGUAUUAUUAUGAUAAUAGUUAAAUCAUAAGUUUAACGUUAAAAUGUAAUGUUGCUUUGAUUAUCACCAACAACCACAUCAGGGAUGAACUCGUGCAUUUUGAGUACAUAAGAUUUUUGUUAAGUGAAACUUGGUGAUUUUAUACGUCAUGUUCACCACAGUGGCAAGUUAUUCUAAAUUAUUGAUAGUUUUAAGAGUAAAUACACUAUCUUUUAUUUUUCUUAUUUCAAAUGUAUCGAUAACAAUUGAAAAACUGCGUAUACAAUUUUUUAGAAUUAUUUAUUCAACGUUUUUCAAUGAUUAAUAAUGAAUACUGCAUCGAAUGCUAAAUAAGCAUUAAAGAAUAAAAAAAUUAUCCAAUCAA